AACUGUCUAUUUGCUGACAACGAACAAAUAAACGUAUAUAUGUGCGAUCCAGAUAAUAUUAACGAGUCUUAAAGAUUCUGUGAUUUGAUAUAUUUUGAACUCAAUCGUCAAAUGGUUUCAGUAAUUUAAAUGGCAUAAUGAUAGGUCAAAUUUGUCAGCUGAUUAACCUCUGACGUCACUUCCGUGUCAACAAGCAUGGCGGAUGUUUUCGAAAUUUGACUCUGCUGAUCGGAUCAUGUUUUUGCAAGUUUAGCCACAUAAUUUUGCCUGAAAUGACGGGAAAGGAGCGUUAUCUUGUUGUAAUUUCUGUUUUGGAAGGUCGAAAAUUCCCCAAACGUGCUCGUCACAAGAUUAUUGCUGAAGCUCGUUUUGAUGGAGAGUUACUUGCUACUGAUCCAGUAGACCAUGUGGAAACACCAGAUUUUACACAAGAACUGGCAUGGGAACUUGACAAGAAAGCACUACAGCAACACAGAUUACAGAGAACAUCCAUCAAAAUCCAGUGUUUUGCCUAUGAUGUUCAAAGUACAUUGAAAGAGGCCAUAGGCUAUGUGAUAUUGGAUCUGAGAGCUGCAACAACCAAUAAACAGGUUGCCAAAUGGCAUCAGAUUCUUCACUCAAAGUACCACAAAUCAAAGCCAGAAAUCCGUCUAGCAUUAUAUUUAGAUGAUGACAAAAACCCAUCACCUGGGAUACUGCCAGUCCUCAGUCCAGUCAGAGCCAUCGAUGAGGCAGACUUGGCAAAGGGGUUGCAGCCACAUACUCUCAAGCCAGCGCUGAAUGAAGAUGAAGGAUAUUAUCAGAUUGGUCCUGCCAAGCGACACACAGAACAGUUUGUUUUGUCUGUCACUAUUGCAUAUGCUUCAAAUCUAGCUCAGUUGAUUCCGAGCACCUUGCCACUGCCUGCUAGUGGUGGCUACUUCUUCUACUACUCACUCCUGGGUAAUGAUGUGACCAACGAGAGUUUCUCAGACCUCAUCAACCCCAGCUUUCCUGCCGAGCGGGCGUCCGUGAGACUACGGAGCAGCGUGGAUGCACUCAGGGUCUUCUUCCACAGCCAGCCAGGCAUACAGAUUCACCUGUGCUGCGGUGAUCAGUCUCUAGGCAGUUGCGAGGUUCCAUUAGCUUCCCUCAUCAAGAAAGGCAGCACAGAGAUCUACAUGAAGCCAGUCACCAUAGAUGGAGCCUUCCAGCUGAUCCCACCUAACAAAACCAAACAGCAGCUGCCCCCGAUGGCUUCUGAUCUCACCCCUAAUGUGGGUGUGUCAGUGGUUCUCAGGAAGGAGGACAUGGCUACAGUGACUCCUGUAAAGGACACACCAGCUGGUGGUGGUCUGAGAAGUGUUGGUGCAUCACCAAUCUUGAAGGGGCAUGCUGACCGUCAUAGCCCAACACAUGCUGGGGUUGCACAGCAGGAGAGGCCAAAGGUGACUCAGACAAAGCCAAGGCCAGAAGAGGUGAAGGUCAAGGCCAAAGAGAGGGAGAGAGAUGAGGAUGACUACACUGAAACAUUUGAGGAUGAAAAUACACCUGACAAUGUCAGUGACCUUGGGGAAGAGCAGAACAACAAUGGUAAACAGUCGAGUGGUGAGGUGGCGCCCCCUGUUGGUAGUGUGGAGCCAGACAGGAACCAGUAUCCUGCAACAAAAGUAUUGCACAGUGCAGCAACCCCAAUUUCCGACAGCACCACACAGCAUCAUGUGAGCAUUCCGGCACAGUCGCACCACUUCAUCUUCUCCAUCGACCUUCGCAGCAUCCGUGACCAUAUCUCCACACACACCAAUAAUGUUUACCUUAAGUAUUCCUAUCCCUUCUUUGGGGUGGCAUCUCCUGUACUGACCAACCCUCCAGUGGAGAUCAGGAAGGGGAUGGAAGUUCUCCUCCCACAGUCAUUCUGUGCCUUUUCUUUUGCCUGCCCUUUGCAGCAGUUGCAGGAUAUGUUCCUCCGAGUUCCUCUUAUAGUAGAGAUUUGGCAUCGAGAUCGGCAAUUGUCAAAAGACAUUCUGUUGGGUGGGGCCAGACUGCCACUUGGACAGAUCAUUACAGUGGACAAGUCAAAAGUGAUGAACAAUACAGGGGGCAGUGGCUGGAGACAGGAAUAUAGUGACAGGAUAGCAGCAUCCAGUGUGGAUGGAAAGUCGGCCUGUAUGUUUGAGAUCAGCACAGUCCUGAGCUUGGAGGACUGGGGGCCUCUGCCCACACAACCUGUGAUACCAUCAUCAGAGAGUCAAGGCCUGUCAUCAGGCUAUGCCGCCAGUGGAGUGGAGUCAGGCGGAGGGAUGGAGACGAGUCCCAGAGAGUCGGCGGAGUAUAAGGCAGCCUUAGAGCUGGAGAUGUGGAAGGAAGGUCAGGAACAGGCAUUUGAGAACCAGCUGAAGCAGAAAGAGGCUGCCUACAUGCGUGCACUGGCAGAGGAGUGGAAGAAGAGAGACCGAGAGAGAGAGGUGCUGCUGCAGAAGAAGGUGGUUGAGUACACCCUGCAUGAGGAGCAGCUGAAGAAGGCCCUUGCCAGCCUGGAGAAGAGAGACAAGCAGCUUGCUGUCAAUGAACAGGAGGUUUUGCGUCUGCGGGCAGACCUUCAGCGUGACCAUGAGAGGAAGCUGCAAGAGAUGAAGGAAGCCUCACAUCGACACAAGGAGGACUGUGACCACAAAGUAGAUCUAGAGAGGAUGAAAGUAAAAGAAUUAGAAGAGUUAGUGUCCAGAUACAAACAAGAGUUAGCUGAUGGAGAUAGGAAGCUCAAGUCUUCAGAAAAGGAAUUUUCUAUUUAUAAAGAACAGCAGAACACUAAGCCUGAAGUGCGACUCCAGUCAGAGAUCAACUUGCUCACAUUAGAAAAGGUUGAGCUGGAACGAAAGCUUGAUGCAGUGAGCAAGUCAAAGGUGCACUACAAGCAGCAGUGGGGCCGCGCCCUGAAGGAGCUGGCGCGGCUGAAGCAGCGGGAGCAGGAUGUGGCGCGGGCGCAGCUCAAGAAGCAGCAGCAGGAACUGGAGCACAUGAGGCUGCGCUACCUCGCCGCCGAGGAGAAGGACGUCGUGCAGGCCGAGAAAAAGGAGCUGGAGGACAUCAAGAACCAGCUCAACAAAUUAAAACUGAUUGAAGAAGAACGCCUGAAGUCUUCAACCGACUCCAACAACAUGCAGUUUAAUAGUCCCAAACAGAUAAACGGCCACAAGUCCCAUGACCUGGACUCCAGCCUGGACGAACACAUAACCCGUCUGAUAGAAGAGCGGGACACUCUGCUGAAGACCGGAGCCUACACCACGCAGGACAAGAUCAUUGCAGAGCUGGACAGACAGAUUAGAGAGGCCAUUGCACAUAAAAAUAGCUAACACACACUGACAACAUGCUGCCAGGUAUAGGUUUUGUAUCAAGUAUUAAAGUACUAUGUCCGCUGUCUGUGAUCAGUGUCCGGAGACAUGCUUGACUCUUGUAAUGGCAUGCCCAUGGUGUUACAGCUUGUGAGGGAGGACAUUGGAUGGAAUGAUGCUAUAGCAGCAUAGGGUCUGUAGUAUUUACUUGGGUCAAAUGAAAUGUCAUAUCAUCUAAACCACCACCAUGCUGGUAUGUUAUGUGAUGUCGGACGUCGAAUUUGUAUAUGACCACUAGGGCUGGGGCAAGUCCAAAUAUACUACCCAGGUACCCACUCCCCUAUUACCCGAAUCUACCCAGGUAGCCGGUGUAGCUAGGUGUCAAGAGAUAGGUACAACUUCUUUGAUUGGGACAAGUUUGACUGUUGACCUGGCAAAAUGUGUUUAUAUACACGUACAAAACAAUCUGGUCACGCAUACACUGAAGUUGACUAAAGUUUUAUCUUUAUUGAAACAUGUAAAAGUCAGAAGGAAUGCAUGCAUUGUCAGAAAUAAAUGCGAACAUUAGUGACUUUUAGUGUAACCAUCGAGUUUUAGAUAAAUUGUUGUCAUUAAACAAUAUAUCAUGUGACUAGCCACAGUUCGGGUAAUCCUGUGGGUACCGAGGGCCUACUCGACCCACCCAACCUGAGUUACCUGUCCUAGUCCUAAUGACCACAU